AUGGCUCACUUUAAUCCAAAUUCAGAAUAUCUGGGAAGAAUGGCAAGAUUUUCGGCAUGUGAUCGUCACAAUAUGUUUUACGACGUUAAUCGCUGGGAACCACUUGCUUGGUUCAGUAGACCAUUUGAUUGUCAUGACAGAUUUGCUAUGGAAAAUAUUAGAAAUUUCAAGGUGCAAACACUUUUUGAUUAUUCAUUAUUACGAAAUGGUAAUAAUGGAAAAAAAAUUGUUCAAUUAAAUGGUGUUGCUCCUAUCAUUGAAGAUGAAGACGAUCCAAACUUUAAAGGCGAUACAUGCCAACUAGAAUAUCGUCGCCGAUCAGCAGGAACCGCAGUGGAAGCGAACAGUUCAAUGGAAGUGCCCAUUGCACUGACCCGCUAUUUACAUCCACACUUGAGAUUUGAUGUUAUGACCACUAAAACUUUUCUGUCUAUGCUUUGUAGAUUCGUCGACAAUGAGCAUCGUUUCUACCGCUUCAACAUUGAGCGAGUUGGAAAUUUGAUUAUAAUUGAAGAAAUAUGCUUCGGUGAUGCUCGUUUAGCAAAAUCUUAUCUUCAAGGAGCUUUGGAUAUUUUGACCGGCCGAUCUACUUUAGAUUACCGCCAAGUAUCGGUUUGUGAGUUUGGCGCAAGAACUGUUCUUUUGCGUCAGCAUGUUGACCUAGCUGAACCUUGUGGUAGAAAUAGUAUGCACAGUUAUUGUCAAAAAAAAUUAUUCUUUCCGUUGGCAAAAGAAUCAGUUUCAGCAUUUGCUCAACUACAAGGUUUUAUGGACCAUCCUGAACCGAUUUUCCAUAUCGAUGGCAGUAAUGUCGCUAUUCAGGGAUCUUUGGUGCCAGAUCCUCCGAAAAUUCCAAUUGAAAUAAUUUGCCGCUCGUUUCAACGCUUCUCAAGUUGUGGAAUCCAGAAUCGACUAAAGGUAUUGGUUGCAUUCGCUUACUUCUUCAAAAAAUCAAGAGAAUUAUGGCUUCUAUUUAAGAAUCUUGAAAUGAAGUGGCAAGAUAUGAUUUUUUCUGGUGCUGAGCGUAUUGUAAGUGUGCUUCACGUUCGAGGAUUGAUCGAUCAUCGCCCAAAAAGUUUCACAUUUGACGAAAUCGCGCCCAAAGGUUAUAAAUGUACGCUGUCACGUGCAUCGUUACUUUGUCGUCACAUUUUCGACUUUAUUCAAUCAGUUAAUCAUCCUGAACGUGAUAAACUAGCCUUAAUUUGGGUAAGCGAUAAGCAAAGCUCAUCAGAUCUCAAUGAUGGUGAUCAUUUAGUGAUAUAUCGUCGUCGACCAUCAGGGCGAUCGUUCGAUGACAAUGCAUUCGUAUCACAUUCGCUUCGCUCCAUACUUUAUCGAGAUGUUAUUGAGUUUGUAGAUUAA